AAAUCCGUCACAAAUCCGUCGGUCGUUGCGAUGCUCUACGCCAUUAUGGAAGCGGUUGCAGAUAGAAUUGAAAUGCACAAAAACAUUGGAGAUCAUAGAAACGAAUGGAACUCUCUCUUUCUCAAUUCGAUCAACGCUCUCACUCUCGCUGCCGCCACCAUGGCCGGCAUCGCCUCCAUGAGCAAGGGAGACGCCACCGCAGUGGCGUUGUCAUCGACAGCGAUGUACGUGGCAGCGACCGGGAUGCUUUCCAUCGUCAACAAAAUCCAACCGCCGCAGCUAGCCGUAGAGCAGCGCAACGCAACGAGACUGUUCAAACAGCUUCACAAUCAAAUCCAAAUCAUUCUCUCAAUUGGAAAUCCAAAUCUAAUUCAUGUGAAGGAAUUCAUGGACAAAGUGUUGGCGCUCGACAGGGCUUUUCCGCUGCCUCUCCUCGGCGCCAUGCUCGAUAAAUUCCCGGCCACCGUGGAGCCCGCGUUGUGGUGGCCUCACAACGGAAGAAAGCAGCCUAAAACGAGCAAAGGCUACAACGGUUGGAAUGGGAAAUUGGAAGAGGAAAUGAGAGAAAUAGUAAAUGUGAUAAAGAGAAAAGACGAAGAAGAAUACUUGAAUUUGGGUGAAAAGGCACUCAAAUUCAAUAAGGUAUUGGCGAUGAGCGGUCAUGUUUUGACGGGUGUGGUUCGCCGUUGGUUAGCCACGAAACCAUACUGUGGAAUUCCCUCAACCACAACGGCCGCACCGUGUUCUCGCGCGUAUUAGUGACGG